AUGUUUUUAAAGAGGAUCUUUCAGAAGAGAACAUUGAAUAUAUUGGCUAAAGAUGGAAAUUUAAUAAGUGAAUUGAGAGCUAGAGGUUUGAUUGCAGAAAUAUCACAACCAGAGACCCAAUUGAUUGAUAGGAUUGAAAAUAGGGAGAAACUUACCGUUUAUUGUGGAGCAGAUCCGACAGCUAGAUCUCUUCAUUUAGGUAAUAUGGUUCCUUUAAUGAUUUUAUUGAAUUUUUAUGUAAGAGGACAUAAUGUUAUUACUUUAGUUGGUGGUGCUACAGGUAAAGUUGGGGAUCCAAGUGGGAGGAAAACUGAGAGAACAGCUUUAAAAGAUGAAGUUAGGCUGGAUAAUAUCACAUAUAUAGGGAAUCAAUUUUCAAGAUUCUUUGAUAAUGGAUUACAAUAUUGGAAGAAUAAGAAUAUAUCAACAGGUUCAACUGCUGGGACUUUCACUAAAGUUAAUAAUUACGAUUGGUGGAAAGAUGUUAAAAUAUUGGAUUUUUUAAGUACCUAUGGUAAAAGCAUUAGGAUUCAAUCGAUGAUGUCUCGUGAUUCAGUGCAGUCAAGGUUAACAUCACCGGAAGGAUUAGGUUUCAAUGAAUUCACAUAUCAGAUCUUACAAGCUUAUGACUACCUUCACUUAUAUCGAACCUUCGGCACAACUAUUCAAGUGGGCGGUAACGACCAGUGGGGGAAUAUUACUGCAGGUAUCGAUUUAAUUUCUAGGAUGACUCCAGAAUAUAAGAAAUCACCUGCAUUUGCGAUAACAGCACCUUUAUUAACAACAAUGAGUGGUGAAAAAUUUGGUAAGAGUGCAGGAAAUGCGAUAUUUCUUGACCCAAGCAUCAAUUCGGCAUAUGAUAUUUAUCAAUACUUUUAUAACACAGCAGAUGCAGACGUGAGUAAAUUUUUAAAAAUCUUUACCUUAAUACCAUUAGAAGAAAUAGAAGAAAUUGUAUCAAAUCAUCUCAAUAACCCACAACUUCGUGAAGGUCAAAAAAUAUUAGCCAAAGAGGUCACUGACUUGUUACAUGGUAUUGGAACUGGGAUAGCCUCCCAACGAAUUUCUGACAUUACGUUUGGUAAAAAAGAUGUAAUAAAAAGUUAUUCAAGUAAAGAGUUAAUGUCCAUAUUUAAGGAUGCAAAUAUUUUACAAGUUGGUAACCCUGGAGAAACAUUAAAUGACUUAGUGGCAAGGCUCACGGAAUCCUCUAAAUCAGAAGCAAGAAGGAAGAUAAAGCAAGGUAGUAUCUAUCUUGGUGUUAAUAAGGACAAAAUUAUUGAUCCUGAAUUCAAUAAUUUAGAUGAGCUUUUAAUGGAUAAUGAACUGUUGAUUUUGAGAGUGGGUAAACAAAAAUGUUUUGCAAUAAAAUAUUGA